AUGAGGAGUAUAUUUGAUGGGGGACACAUUGGAGUUUCGGACUCGUACCCACAUGUCCACAAUAUUGUAGGGCUUUACCCCAAAGGGAGCCCUUCCAGAAAUUCUCAAGGACCCAAGACAAGCUUAGGCCCAGGAGGGGGUUUGGAAAUAGUUUUCAACCAGCAAUAGACGCGCCUCGGUUAGAACCUCAUUAGCUGCGUCAUUGCCCCAAGCGCAAAGAUGAGUUUCCACCAAAAUAAGCCCUCCUUAUUUAUACCCGAACAAAAGCAAUCAUCAUAAAAGUUUCUUCCGAUGUGGGACUCUUGCUAGUUAUAUUGUUCUAGAAACCUAAAUAAAUUAGUCUCGCAGCCGCAUGCCAGAGACAAACCUAAAUCUUCAAAUACACAGACCAGACACUUUAAUGUGGAUCUCUAAGACA